AAUGUCCACUUCCACCCUGCUGGGCCCCAGGCUGGUCUCUGUUGUGAUGGUACUUGAAGCAAUGAGCCCACCUGGGACAAGGCUGAAGAAUGAGAUCUGCAGUUUGGUGUGUGGUUGCCUUUGAUCCUGCCUAGCAAGUAAGCAAAGAGGAGAGAAAAAAAAGAGAAAGAAAGGAGGGAAAAAAACCCAAACCACACACAACAAACCAUCCCUGGCACACUGACUCAGCACCUUUCACACUGUAAGCUUUGGACUGUACACACAGCUUCUGCACCUUACCUAUGCCUUGUGUUCCCAGCUAGAAAACACCGUCACAUCAUUUUUCAGCCUGUCCGCCUGCAGCAAGCUGUUCCAUGAGUGCUAUCAAUGCAAAAGCCAGCUCCAGAGGCAAGGAAGAAGCCUCGGGAAUGAGGAGCGAGGCCCUGGGGGAGAGAGGCUGCUUGGGAGAUGUCAAGAGGGGACAAGUGAUCCUUGUUGCCUACCUGAUUGUAACCCUGGAGCUGACCUUCCUCUUCAUGCAGAUGGGAGUCGUGCCUUACUUGGCAAAGAGCCUAGGUUUGGAUUCAAUGGGGUUUGGCUACCUCCAGACAACUUUUGGUGUCCUCCAGCUUGUGGGAGGUCCUAUUUUCGGAAGGUUUGCAGAUCAAUUUGGCACCCGAGCAGCCUUAAUUCUCUCCUGUGCGUCUGGAAGUGCCUUCUUCCUGCUCAUGUCCAUCUCCACCAGCAUCCCCCUCCUCUUCCUCUCCAGGCUGCCAGCAGUGUUCAUGCAUGGACUACCAGGUGCUCAGAAGGUUAUUAUAGACCUGACUACUCCUUCCCAACGUGCUGAUGCUCUGGGGAAGCUGGGUCUCUGCUUUGGAAUAGGCAUCAUCAUUGGCUCUGCCCUGGGAGGUGUCCUCUCCACCGAAUUCGGCACUUUUUUUCCUAUAUAUGUUGCACUGGUGGGAAACCUGAUAAAUACCAUGAUAGCAAUGGUUUGGAUCCCUUUGCAGGCUAAACCAAAGUCAGACUAUUGUGUGAUGGAGCACAGCACAUCACAGUCUGGCAGUGUGUUUAGCAUCAGAGAAAUCCUACGGCUGAUGAAGUUUCCGGGAGUAAUGGAAGUUUUCAUAGUCAAGGUCUUUGCUGGAUUUCCCAUAGGAUUGUUCCUGAUAAUGUUUUCUAUCAUCUCUAUGGAUUUCUUUGGCUUGGAAGCAGUGGAGUCUGGAUACCUGAUGUCGUAUUUUGGUGUCCUUCAAAUGGUUGUCCAGUGUCUGGUCAUUGGAAAACUCACUAAUCACUGCACGGAGAUGACCCUGCUCAGGCUCAGCAUCUUCAUCUUUGCUGGCGUGGGCUUAGGCAUGGCCCUGAUGAGGACCGUGUGGCACUACUGCAUUGUUGCAGUGCCAAUGGUGUUCGCCUUCAGCAUACUGGGCACCAUCACCGACAGCAUCCUCACCAAGGCCGUCCCCUCCUCCGACACUGGUGCCAUGCUUGGGAUUUGUGCCUCGGUGCAGCCCUUGACACGGACGGUGGGCCCAACCAUCGGUGGAAUUUUAUACAAACAAUUUGGAGUCUCCUCCUUUGGCUAUUUACAGCUAAUUGUCAAUAUUGGUUUGUUUGUUUACCUUUUAAAGAGUAAAAUCCCACUGAGAGAGACGAAAACCCAGUAAUUCAGUUGCAAGAAAGUAACCCCCUUUCUCCAUCAAAAUAAAAAUCUUCUUGAAUUUGA